ACGAAAAGAAACAGCGAGAGGGGGCUCGACGCUCGAGGAAAGCGGCGGCGGCGGGAAGGGGCCAGGAAGCAUGGUGUUCGGCCGGAGCAAGUCGUCGUCUUCGACGCCAUCCCCGGCGCCCGCCGCGUCGAUGUCGGCGUCAGCGUGCUCGGAGCUGCGCGCGGCGUACCACGAGUGCUUCAACCGGUGGUACGCGGAGAAGUUCGCCAAGGGGCAGUGGCAGCGGGACGACUGCGCCGCCCACUGGCACAAGUACCGCGCUUGCCUCGAGGAACAUCUGGAAGACAAGCAUCUGAGGCAAAUCCUACUGGACGCAGAAACUUCUGCGCAUUAUGCCCAUCCUGAUGGUGAUCCUCCCUCUGGACAAGGUGCUACAAAGUGACAGUAGCGCUAACCACAUGUCAUGUUUCACUUCACCUAAUCAGAAUAUAGAGAAACCUUGGUAGAUGCACCAAAAAGUCCUUGUAUUUGGAUACAUGUUGCGUCCCUGGAUCACGUCGCGCUUCUGCAAUAGAGAUGACAUUUGCAGAAUUUUCCAUGACCAGAAUGAUGUGUCCUACUUACGAGUCACAUGUACCUUAGCCAUCUGUAGCCGAAAACAUUUAGCAGUUCUGCUUAUGAAAUUGUGAGAAUAGAAUCAGCUAUGUAGCUGUUCAUGCUCUGGAACGCUA